UCAGCAGGAUCGAGUGAGCAGAGAGUUACAGGUGAAACUUCAACACAAAGAGAUUUUGUUGAAACUGAGAAAAUGAUCCUAAAGGGUGGAUUCCUCCUGUUCCUCGUCCUCGCCGUGACUGCGCAGGGUGAUUACGAACCGGCACUGAGACAAACUCGUUUUAUAGCCAGCACUCCAUCGGAAGUGACGCGCUGUCUCAGCAGUGCUCUGCAGGUCGGCUGCAGUGCGUUCGCCUGCCUGGAGAGUUCCACAUGCGACACUGACGGCAUGCACGACAUCUGCAACAUCUUCCUCAAUUCUGCAGCAGUUUUAAACACAGAGGGCAAGACCUUUGUCAAAGAGAGCAUCAAGUGCAUUGCUAAAGGCAUCACUUCCAAGGUUCAUCAGACCAUCAGGCGCUGUGCUGCCUUCCAAAACAUGAUCACUGAGGUGCAGGAGGAAUGCUACAGCAAGCUGGGCAUCUGUGGAGUCGCACGUUCUAACCCUGAUGCUAUUGGAGAAGUGGUUAAAGUGCCCAAACAUUUUCCAAACAGGUAUUACAGCACUCUGCUGCAGAGCCUGAUGGAGUGUGAUGAGGACACGGUGGGCGUGGUUCGGUCGGGGCUCGUGGCUAAACUGGGUCCAGACAUGGACACUCUGUUCCAGCUGCUGCAGAAGAAACCGUGCUCUGCUGACGGCGAGACAGACGGUCAGGACAGUUUCCGCUGGCCCCUUGGACCCCCGACCUUCAAGAUCCAACCCAGUUUAAACAACAGGGACCCAAAUCAUCUUUUUGCCAGGAAGCGUUCAGUUGAAAAAUAAAACACUGAACCAAUAAGAUACCUUAUAUUCUGCCAUUGCUUAAACACACAUUGUUAUUCUGCUUAUAAAUUUAAGUGAUAUACCAUAACUUCAUUAAUUAGCACAAGUCUGUAUAUAUAUAUAUAUACAGGUAUUUAUAUUUCUCUUUGACACUUAUUUUCUUAGUUUAUAAUUUAUUUAGUCUUGACCGUCUGUUCGUUUUGUUAAUGUAAUUUUGUAAAUGUUUAAAUGCUUCUUACAGCACAGACAAUAAAAUUAUUCCUUAUGCUGGACGUAGGAAUUUUGAUGGCUUAAAAUGUUUG